CUGCGGCCUCAUUUGACGCCAAUUUUUCUUAAACAUAAAUAGGAACUGGUGGAUUCUGUCGAUUAAAUUUCGUAUUAAAACGCACCAGACAUGGCCGAGGUUGACGAUGGGUCCGAGUUGCUAUUUUUCGACACCUUCUCGCACGAGGAAGUGACGGACAUCAAUUUGGAUCUGGUCCAGUUUCCCAAGCCGGUCUUCAUCACACAGGUGCGGAUCAUUCCCUUGGGGGCCCGUGUGCAGGCGGACUUUCCCGGCGGCGUUCGCCUGGGAGCCACAAAUCCCUCCAAGUUCGAUCUGGAGUUCUUCGUCAACGACCUGGGAAUGCCGGCUGCGUCUGCCUUUGAGAAUCUCGGUCUGCUGCGGUACAAUCAGAACGACUGCAUCCAUUUGGACUGCUCGCAAGAGAAGAUCGUUACGGACGGUUUGGUGCUGCGAGGCUGGUACAGCACCAUCACCCUGGCCAUAUACGGUAUCUUCACAAACUCUGUGACUGAGCCCAUUGCCAGUCCUACGCUGCCCUGCGAACCUGUGGGCCCGGAGAUAAGCAAUCUAAGUGGCGAGGUGCUCCUGCAAGAUGAUGUGCUGAAGGACGAGUGGCAGGAGCCGAUGCAGGCCGAAAUGCUUGCCGCCCACAAGGGUAACGUUAGCGACUACGACCCGGAGGACAUGGAGUAUGGCCUGUCGCGGGAUCACUACCACCAGCAUGCAGAUGAGCAGGAGCCGCGCGAGAUGCGUCGCCUGCGACGCUCCACGCAUUCCACGGACCACUCACCACCGCCGCCAAGAAGAUCGCACACGCACUCGGAGAGCAACGACCGGGAGUACAUCAGAUGUGCACGCGACAAGGGCUCCAGGGAUUGGUCGCGAUCGCCGGAAUACUCCAGUCAUCGGUCGCGUCGCAAGCGCUCAGAGAGAUCACGUUCCGACGUGGACGAGCACAAGUGGCCCAGGACGCCGCCUGCGUCAAUUGACUCACCCACGCGGCCGCGUUCGCCCGAUACGAUGGACUACGAUGACGACGACUCGCGCUCUCACUAUAAGAUGCAGUCUUCACACUACCGACACUCCUCGGAGUCGCUGCAUCGUGGUGAUCGAGAUAGGGAAGAUGAGGAUCGAUCAUGUACCCCGCAGGAGCAGUUUGAGCCCAUUCUUAGUGACGACGAGAUAAUCGGGGACGACGAGGAGGACGAUGCAGUGGACGCUGCUGCCAUUGCGGAGUACGAGCGGGAACUGGAGGCCGCGGCGGCCGCAGCGCCCCCUGCCAUUGAUGCUUUCGAGCCUUGGCAAAAACCUCUAUUGGUCUAUGAAGGGGAUAUGACUGCCCACUUCAGCAAGGAGCUAGAAACUCUGAAGCUGCUUUUUAAAAAGCUGGUCCUGCAAACCAGAUGCGAGAAUGUGACUGCCUUCAGCGAGGAACACGGCGCGAGUGUGGACGAGAGGGAGCAAUUUGUGUACUUGGGAGAGCAACUAAACAAUCAAUUGGGAUACUUGGCCCAGCACUUUAAGAGGAGGAACUUUGUCCUGCAGCAGUUCUUUGGUAACGAUGAAGUACAUUUACGUCAGGCUGCAAACGUGCUUCAGAUUGCCCUGAGUUUUCAGGCUGCCUGCAUGCAGCCCCAGCCUGCCUUUAAGAUCCGGCACAUUAAACUGGGUGCCCGAAUGGCUGAGCUGCUGGGCAGCAGUGAGGACCUCUUCCAGCACUUGUUAAAAGAGCAUCAAUUCGACACAUUUGAGGCAGUAUUCCAGUUGUAUCACGAACCGUACAUGGCGCUGUCCAUUAAACUGCAACUUCUCAAAGCCGUUUACGCCCUGCUAGACACCAGGAUGGGCAUCGAACAUUUUAUGGCUUCGAAAAACAAUGGCUACCAGAUGAUAAUAGAGUCCAUCCAAGCCGCUAAGCUGACGAGGACAAAAUAUGCACUGCAGGCAAUCAUUAAGAAACUGCAUUUGUGGGAAGGACUAGAGAGUGUACAAAUCUUGUGCCGACGGCUCUUUGUGGACAGGAUUAUCAUUCCUGGUAAUCAGGACCAGAUGGAGGAGACUGUGAUAAUUUGUCAGCAAAUAGAGUUCGCCUUCGAAAUGCUAAUGGAUGCAUUGUUUUCCAGCCAGUUGAGCUAUAUGCAACCGCGACGCUUUCUCCCUGUGUCCAAGAAGUUCGAGGUGGUUACCGAUCCCACGGCGCAGCGCGGCUUCGGAAAUGCCCUCCAGUCCUAUUUGGGACAGAAUUUUUUGGCGGAAUCAUUGCUGGUAAUGUUGGGAAACUGCAAGGAAUUGCCGGCCACCACCUAUCUGAGUAUGCUGGACCUAAUGCAUACUCUUCUCCGUUCCCAUGUUGGUAUUGAUUACUUUGUGGAUGAUGCUUUUCCUGUUACGCAGACAAUCGUCGCUAUUUUGCUCGGAUUGGAUGAGGUGCCUAGAAAUCCUGAGGAAAAGGAGGUGAAGCCGGAGAAGUUAGAGCCCGAGGACAAGCCAAUGGAAGUCACUGAUGAAGCUGUGGAUGCUGGGGGAGAGAAGGCAAGCUUAGUAAGCGCAGACGAAGAGGUAAACCCUGCUCCUGUCUCGGCUCCAGUUCCUGCCUCUGCACCUGUACAACAAAUGCGACCCAGACCGAUCCUUCGUCCAGUGCUGCCACGCCUUGCCAGACUGGGUAUCGAAAUGUCGUACAAGAUGCAGACACGUUACCAUCUGGACGCUAUUGUCUACGCAGCCGCUGCUCCCGAAUACGAUUCCGUCAAGUUGGCCACCCAUAUGCAUGCCAUUUACUCUCAAACCUGCGACCCCGCUGGACGCCAACACACUGUGGAGGUGCUGGGUUUAAAUAACAACCUUAAGAUCUUCAUGGAUUUGAUUAAAAAGGAGCAGCGCCUGCAGACGCAACGCCAACUUAGUUCCCCGGGCACAAAAUACAAGAGCCCGGUGUUGAGUUAUGCGGUCGAUAUGGUGGACGCUUGUGUCCGCUAUUGCGAACAGCUGGACUACCUAAUCGAACAUGGAGGAGUGAUCCUGGAGCUGGCCAAGAACCACGAAACCUUUGAGCCAUCGGUAUCGGCGGUGUUGCAGGAGAUGUACGUGUACAUGAAACCCCUUGAGGCUAUUAAUGUAUUCGUUUAUGAUGACAUUAUGCCGCUGGUGGAGGUGAUAGGCCGAUCUUUAGAUUACCUGACCACGUUCCCUGGAGAUUUAAUUAUGGCCCUGCGGAUUUUACGUUACCUUUCCAUCAGCAAGCCGGUUGCGGGUCAAAAGGCUCCUCCUGUGACCGAGGAGCUGAAACAUCGCUUUGUGGCCCUCCAAUUAUAUGCGGCGGAUGGUGUCCAGCUUUGUAUUCAAAUAAUGGAGCGAUUGUGUGCCUACUUCGAGCAGCCAGGUGCGCAUGCACCUGCCUUGAUGACCAUCCAGGGUGUGCACUGCUGCCAGAUCAUGCUGCCCACGCUCCAGAUCCUCCGAGAGCUGCUAUCCUACGCGAUCUUGUGUAGAGAUGGCACUUAUAAGGACCUCACUGCCAUCGACCACCUUGUGAAGGUGUACUAUCUGCUCUAUUACUACCCCACGCGUUGUCAGGCGGGACCCGAGGUAGAGCAGUGCAAGAUGGAGGUGGUCCAGACACUCCUUGCUUAUACUCAGCCCAAUGAACAAGACGAGGAGUCACUGCAUAAGUCACUAUGGACGCUGAUGAUCAGGGAGGUGCUUAAAAAUGUCGAUGGUCCAGCACACUUCAUUCCAGGACUCAAACUUCUCGCGGAGCUGCUACCUCUCCCUCUGCCGAUGCCUCAGCCACUUUGUGACCAAUUGCAGCAGCAGCAUAAGCAGCGCCUAAUCACCGAGCGGAAACUGUGGUCCGCCCACCUGCAUCCCCAGAGCGGACAAAUUGCAAAGCUGGUGGAGGCACUGGCUCCGUCCAGUUUCCCGCAGCUGUCGGAGCUGCUGCAGCGAGUAUGCAUGCAACUGUCGGAUUUGGCGCCCAACAUGACGCUGCUCAUCGCCAAGACUAUAACGGAACUGCUGUGCAAUGAAUAUCAGACGUCCAACUGUAUUCCGACCACCAAUUUGGAACGACUGCUCCGUUUCUCCACGCGUCUAUGCGCCUUUGCUCCGUUAAAGAGUUCCAUGUUGUCAAUACUAUCGGGCAAGUUCUGGGAACUUUUCCAGUCGCUGCUGGCAUUGAAUGAAUUUAACGACGUGGUAUCCAACUGCCAGGAGGCUGUCCAUCGUAUUCUGGACAGUUUCCUUGACUCCGGAAUUUCGCUUAUCUCGCAUAAGUCUACGGCCUCGCCAGCACUCAAUCUUUCUGCGGCAUUGCCUCCAAAGGAACUGAUUCCCCGAAUUAUCGAUGCUGUUUUUAGUAACUUAACCAGUGUGGAGGUCACCCACGGUAUAUCUAUUCUGGCGGUGCGCAACCUGGUCAUCCUCACAGAGCAUGACUUCACCUUCUACCACCUGGCACAGUUGCUGAAGCAAAAGAUCACAGAGUUCCAGGCAUGGAUGGAGCGCGUAAUUCUUCACAACGAAACGGUGGAAUACAACGCCAACAUCGAGUCUCUAAUCCUGCUGCUACGUUCUCUAACCCAAAUUGAACCGCCGCCCACCAUGUCAGCUAUGCCGCAUCGCACCCUGAAACUGGGCGCCACAGAACUUGCCCAGCUAGUGGAGUUUCAGGACAUUGAACUUGCCAAGCCUCCUGUACUUAGUCGCAUUCUCACCGUCAUGGAGAAGCAUAAGGCGGUGGCCAACGAGGCAGCACUAAGCGACCUUAAGCAACUUAUUCUGCUUCAGGCCUCCAAGCAGGAGAUUAUCGCAGGAACCAGUACUGAAACGCUAACUGAGGGUGAGGGAGAAGUCAAUCUCGCUGCCACUAGCGGCAGUGGACCUCUGACCGUGGAACCAUAUCUGCCACAGGCCGAGGGCAUAGUCACACAGUACGAAGCGCGUCCAAUCUUCACUAGAUUCUGUGCCACCGCCGAAAAUGCACAGCUCACGGCUCGCUACUGGCUGGAUCCGUUGCCCAUUGAACUAAUUGAGGACAUGAACGAGCCGAUCUACGAGCGUAUUGCCUGCGAUCUUACGGAUUUGGCAAACGUGUGUCUCAAUCCGGACUUGAAUGUGGCUGGGGAUAGCAAGAGGGUAAUGAAUUUAUCCGGCUCACCGCAAUCCAAUCGCGAAAUGACCCCGACCGCCCCCUGUUUCCGCACUCGGCGCGUGGAAGUGGAGCCAGCCACUGGUCGACCAGAAAAGAAGAUGUUUGUUUCGUCAGUGAGGGGUCGUGGUUUCGCUAGACCUCCACCGUCCAGGGGCGAUCUUUUCCGCUCGCGUCCACCCAACACAUCAAGACCGCCCUCCCUACACGUUGAUGAUUUCCUGGCCUUGGAAACUUGUGGCGCCCAGCCCACUGGACCCACAGGCUACAACAAGAUUCCCUCCAUGCUGAGGGGCUCUAGAGUGGGACGCAAUCGGGGAUCCCGCAUCUCGGCGGCAGCCGCUUUCAGGCAAAAGAAGCUGAUGCGCAUCGGUUCGCCCUCUAGCUGGGCAGAGUCCUCCGGAUCCUAUCGGUCAGGCUCGGACUCGCAUUUCAAUAGCAGCGAUUCCCACUAUUCGUCGCCCCACUACAGUGGAAGAUCGCGUGGGCGUGGCCUGCGCUCCAGACCAUCCUACUUGAGAUAGGAGGAUAUUUCCGCUCAACAGCCUGGUUCCCAACUCCAGUUCACAUAGACAUAUAGUCCGAAAACGAACAGAACUUCAGAACCAGGUGGUUGUUAAUUAAGCAGUUUAACUACAGUACUCAAAAACAUUUGCAGAUUUUGUAUUAGCUUACUGUUUUUUCCCCAAUUUGUAUAUAAGCUUAAAGUUAAUUUUCUGUAAUUACACUGUGCAAACGGA